AUGGCAAUUGGUCCGCACCCACUCCAGAGCACCACCAUCACCAAAGCACCAACCGCAAAACAAAGCCAUGUACACCCUCACAUCUCACAAAGCCACGACCCGGACAAAGGACGACAAUUACACGCCACGGCACCGUUAAAAGCAGGCGACGUGCUCAUGGUAGACUCGCCGUAUGCCAUGAUUCCAGUAGUUGAUGAUCCCGCGCACAGUGACGAGGUUCUUUGCAGUAAUGGAAAUUGUCGGCGCAAGGUUCCCCGUAUGAGACGAAUUGGUUGUUCCAAUCGAUGCGCGGCUGAGGUCUUUUGGUGUGAUGUUGGGUGUCGGGAUACCGAUAGGAUUCGGCAUGUGUUGGAGUGUGAGUGGCUGAAGGGGCAUGCGAUGUCGCUUCGCAAGGAUGAGGGAGAGUAUUAUUUCGGCGUGCUAUGGUUGAUUGUCCGGGCAUUAGCGGCGCGUUAUGUGGAAAAGAUAGAAGGAUCUUCCUGGUCGAUGUCAAAAAAGAAAUUCUCCAGCGGAUGGACGGCAAUGACAGAACUCUGCGACAAUCGAAAACUAUGGCCUGAAGCAGAUUUACUGCACUGGCAAUCGCUGAUUGAGAAAUACAUAUGCGCUGAUUCAUCACUGCGAAACAUCCUUUUGAGCGCAGGCAAUAUUCUGACACUGAUUUGCCAACAAGAAUCGAAUUCUUUCGGCCUUUAUCCCAAAGCGACAGGCCUUGCGUCGACGUCUGACCGGGGGGAACAAUACGGCGCAGCGAUUUACCCCCGGUCCUCGAUAGCAAAUCACUCGUGUUGUCCCAAUGUUACGCACAAACCCGACGAUCACAGCCGAAUGGUCUUUACUGCAUCGCGGGAUAUCGCACCCGGAGAAGAAUGCUGCAUAUCAUACAUGGACCUGUUUGGUGACGUCGAUGUCAACAUGCGUCGAAAGCAUCUUCAGGUGCAGUUUUCUUUCACGUGUCAGUGCGAGCGGUGUCGUAUGGAGGAGAACCCUGAAGAGGGGUGGGAUGCUCUGCCUUUCCUGGACGAUUAG